AUGGGGUUCAGUGAGGCACAGGAAGAGCUUGUCCUCCGUUCAUGGAAAGCCAUGAAGAACGACUCCGAGUCAAUUGCUCUUAAGUUCUUCCUCAGGAUCUUUGAGAUCGCGCCGGGCGCCAAGCAGAUGUUCUCCUUCCUGCGCGACGACGCCGGCGACGCGCCCUUGGAGAACCACCCCAAGCUCAAGGCCCACGCCGUCACCGUCUUCGUCAUGGCUCGCGAGUCCGCGACGCAGCUGAGGAGCACCGGCGACGUGAAGGUGAGGGAGGCCACCCUGAAGCGGCUGGGCGCCAGGCACGUCAAGGCGGGCGUCGCCGACGCGCAUUUCGAGGUCGUCAGGACGGCGCUGCUGGACACCAUCAGGGACGCGGUCCCGGACAUGUGGACGCCGGAGAUGAAGGCGGCGUGGGAGGAGGCCUACGACCAGCUGGCCGCCGCCAUCAAGGAGGAGAUGAAGAACGCCGCCGUCAUGGAGGAGACGAAGGACGCCGCCGCGGCGUGA